CCACGUAUUUAAUACCUUCGACCCGUCAACAAAAUUUCAUCGGUCUCUUCCAAAAAGAAAAAACACAAACUCCAAGUCUUCCAGAGAAGACUGAAGACAACUUAAAAGUCUCUUCUAUACAUAGCCAUGUCUCUACUAUGGAAGAAACCUAAAUCUGGUCGACUCUCGAGAUUCAUGUCAGAGUUUCACAAAUCUCCGAAACUUGGCAGGAUCAUGGUCGUUGAAACUGGCUUCCCAACUUCUCUUAUUGAUCUCUUUUUCAAGAAUCGCGAUCGUCCAAAAAAGUACGCCACUAAAACUAAACGCAUCCAACGCCUGAUCGAGACCGCUCCAAUCGCUUCUUUGCCAGUUAAUCCAGACGUGAGCCUAGAAAAGCCGGUAACGAGAAGGAGUAAGAUCGAGAAAGUACGUCGAAAGCACACAAGUGAGAAUAACGUUUGCGUUUGCGGCGAUGGAACCGGUGCCUUUGUUUUGAUGGCGUUUAAGCUUUUUAUUGUGGCCAGUGGCGGAGCCACCCCUUGGUCAGGGGGGUCACAUGACCCACAUGGUUUUUGUAGAAAUAAAAUUUUUGCUUGUAUACUGGAGAAACAGAAUUGGAGGAGUAAGCUAGCUCCGCCACUGAUUGUGGCGGUGCUUGCGUUGAGCACGACGAAGAGCCUCACCAUGGGAAUCGCUCUCUGCGCCUUCGCGCUUCUCUUUACGGAGAACGUGGCGACGCGUAUUCUCACGCGUCUCAAGCUCUGUAACACCGACGCAAGAAAAGAAAAGCCACUCGCCUCAACACACGACGAUAAGUUGAUUUCUUGUUCGGAAGAAACAGAGACAAUAGCUGUAACAAAUAACUCGAAUUCGAAUGAUUCAAGGAUUCGUGAUGAUCUGUCGUUGAAGGAUGAGAAAGUGAGAAGCAAAAGUUCUAGGCUGAAAUCGAAGAUUCUGAAGAAGUUGAGGAGUUACAAGAAGAAGAAGGAUAAAACGAUUGUGGUCAACCAAGUGAAAGCCUUUGGGAUCACACCACGGUUAUCAAAAAAAAAAAAAAAAAAAAAAACGAUUGUGGUCGAAGAAGAGACUUUGACUGAUGCAUCAAGCGUGGUUCCAGAGGAUAAAUCAGAUGUGAUCGAGUCUGAGAGAGACGACCAGAAUUCUAAUCCACCAUUGAUAGAAUCCAAAGGAGAUAACAUGAAUGGGAUUGUUGUGAUCGUGAUUGUGCUUACAGGUCUGUUAAGUGGAAAGAUGAUAGCUAUUGGUCUGACAAUAUCCUGCAUGUAUCUCGGAUUCGGAGCAGCAAAAAAAUCUGGUCUUUUUAUAUAAAAAUUAUUUUCUUUUCUUUUUUCUUACAAACAUUGGAGAAUAGAUGUGGUGAACAUUUGAUUAGUGGUCGUUAUUGUAAAAUUUCUUACUUAUGUUUUUUUUUGAACUAACAAAUCUAUCUUAUUAAAACAGAAACAUUCUUUUGGACCUAAUAUUUAUUUUGUAAGUUUUUAAAUUAAAUA